AUGCAGCCACCGGCCGCUGAUACGCUCCCGCUCACCAACAUGAAUGACCGGCGAGUUCGGGUCUUCUGGCUUCUGGAGAUCGUGGCCAUACUCCAAUUCAUUGUCUGGCUUGUUGUGGCCAGCCACGUGGCAGCUAUACCCGUUGGCUUCCGUCCCUCGGCGGCAAAGUUCACCGUGCAGUCUCAUCUGAGUCCAUCUUCAAAUGCGACUAUACUCCACCAUUCUGACCGCGAAGGGGGGGUCCAUCCUGUAAGGCCUGCGCAACAGGCCGCGAUCGAUCUCUGGUUUGGCCUUUGUUUCCCCGUGGCCGUGGACGCCUUCGCGGUCGUCUUGACGUUCAACCGCGCGCUCAUCCGGAAGUUCCACAACGCCGUAUCGCAGCGCUUGGUCUUUCUCGCUUCCAUGAUCCUCUGGGCCGUGUGGUCGUGGAAUGCAGAGCCAGGGGCCUUUGCGGCGCAGCACCCAGUUCUGUCCCUGGCGGGCGGCUUCCUUCUCUACGGGCUCCUGGGCUCGAUCCUCGAUACGCUCGAAACACGCGCCACCCCCCCCCCCCGGCCUGUUGGGCCACCGGUGGUCGGCGGGCUCGGGUUACUCUCGACCUGGCUCAUCCCGGCCCCCUGGUCGGCCGGCCUUCCGGUCAUACACAUCCUGUCAGAGGUUCGUGGAGACACACCCCAAGCCCCCAUCAAUUCUUCGGUGACACUGACUGCUGGGGGGGUCCAGUCGCUGAUCGUAUCGACGAUGGGCGCAGGGAGGACGCCUCGCUAUAUCUCGCUGGGCAGUCCUCUCUUCUUCGCCACGGUUUGCGUGCAUUGGGGGGUGGUGCCGGUAUCGCACAACCCGCGUCUUUCGAUCACGCCCCUAUGCUUUCUGGGGCUGGUUCUUCUCAGUCGGCUGCUGCUCGACGCGCAUCUGUCGACGGUGCUGCGGUCGCGUCCGGAGCUCGAAUGGUCUCGGCAGAAGGUUUUGAUCUCCACCCCGCGCCUCCUGGCCAUGUGCAUUGUGAUGCUCGCUUGCGAAUAUGGCGGACUGAGGGUCAUCACGUAUAUUAAACUCAUCUCGGUGUUGGUAUUCUUUGGCUUGGGAAUUGCUGGGUAUAUGGGGGCGGCUGCAUACAAUAUCGUGGUGAAGCUGAGUGAACUACCUGAUUAUCAUGGAGACAAGUUGUAG